GGACAAGUACUCUGGGGGCCUUAAACUUUUCGUAAGUAGGCUUGGGUGAAUUUCAGUCCCCAGGUCUUAGUGGCCAUUAUAAUUAGUGGCAGCAGCACUUUCCAUAUUAACAUUCAUCCCAUCCAACCGCAAUAACUUCCCCCAAAUAUUAGAAAAGCACUUAAGAAAAUAGUUCAAAAACACUUUUCCAGUGAGAUAUCAUCUCUAACCCCCGCUCCUCCUCCUCCUCCUCCUCCUCCUCCUUCUUCUUCUUCUUCUUCUUCUCUCUCUCUCUCUCUGUUGAUGCCAACAGACAAUUAUUCCCCAAACAAAAUAAACACUUUUGUUUUCAGAAGAUUAUUGCAAAAAACACUUCUUUUCUCUCUCAAUUCUUUUACUCUUUCUAGACCUUUCCUUUUUUAAAAUUCCAUUUAUGGCGUCGUCUGUUUGUUUUCCGGCUGUCGGAAGCUGGAGCAGCUUCCCCCAGGACACAGCCGGAAUCUUGCUUUCUGGUCGGCAUCCAAUUUCUCAGCUGAAGCCUCGGAGAUUUGGUGUUCGGUCGUCUUUGGAUGCUAAUGUUUCUGAUAUGAGCGUCAAUGCUCCGAAGGGGUUGUUUCCGCCAGAACCUGAACAUUAUAGAGGACCCAAACUAAAAGUUGCGAUUAUUGGAGCUGGGCUCGCAGGCAUGUCAACUGCAGUGGAGCUUUUGGAUCAAGGCCAUGAGGUGGAUAUAUAUGAUUCAAAGUCUUUCAUUGGUGGGAAAGUGGGUUCAUUUGUUGAUAAAUCUGGAAACCACAUCGAAAUGGGGCUGCAUGUUUUUUUUGGUUGCUACAAUAAUCUUUUCCGCUUGAUGAAAAAGGUGGGUGCAGAUAAAAAUCUACUUGUGAAGGAUCAUACACACACUUUUGUAAACAGAGGGGGUGAAAUUGGUGAACUUGAUUUUCGGUUCCCAGUUGGAGCUCCAUUACAUGGAAUUCGUGCUUUUUUAUCUACAAAUCAGCUCAAGACUUAUGAUAAAGCAAGAAAUGCCGUGGCUCUUGCCCUGAGCCCAGUUGUGAAGGCUCUUGUUAAUCCAGAUGGAGCAAUGAGGGACAUACGACAUUUGGAUAGUAUUAGCUUCUCAGAUUGGUUCUUGUCCAAAGGUGGCACACGCAUGAGUAUCCAGAGAAUGUGGGAUCCUGUUGCUUAUGCCCUUGGAUUCAUUGACUGUGAUAAUAUCAGUGCUCGCUGUAUGCUAACUAUAUUCUCAUUGUUCGCCACUAAGACAGAGGCUUCCCUAUUGCGCAUGCUUAAAGGUUCUCCAGAUGUUUACUUGAGUGGCCCCAUCAGUAAGUAUAUCACAGAUAGAGGAGGCAGGUUCCAUCUCAGGUGGGGAUGUAGAAAGAUACUUUAUGAUAGAAAUGCUAAUGGAGACCCAUAUGUGUCUGGAAUUGCCAUCUCGAAGGCUACAAAUAAGAAAAUUGUAAAAGCUGAUGCCUAUGUUGCAGCAUGUGAUAUUCCUGGAAUUAAAAGAUUAGUUCCACCAGAGUGGCGAGAAUUGGAAUUUUUUGAUAAUAUUUAUAAACUAGUUGGAGUGCCCGUUGUCACAGUGCAACUCAGAUACAGUGGCUGGGUCACAGAGUUGCAAGAUCUAGAACAGUCAAGGCAAUUGAGGCAAGCUGCUGGGUUGGAUAAUCUUCUUUAUACUCCAGAUGCAGAUUUCUCCUGCUUUGCAGACCUAGCACUCACAUCUCCAGAAGAUUACUACAUCGAAGGGCAGGGUUCUUUGCUACAGUGUGUUCUUACACCAGGCGACCCCUACAUGCCCUUGCCAAAUGAUGAAAUCAUAAAGAGAGUUGCGAAGCAGGUCAUGGAUUUAUUCCCAUCUUCCCAAGGUCUAGAAGUUACUUGGUCGUCUGUUGUGAAAAUUGGGCAAUCGUUAUAUCGUGAAGCACCUGGGAAAGAUCCAUUUAGACCUGAUCAAAAGACGCCUGUGAAAAAUUUCUUCCUUGCUGGUUCAUACACAAAACAGGAUUAUAUAGACAGUAUGGAAGGGGCAACUCUGUCAGGCAGGCAAGCUUCAGCCUAUAUUUGUGGAGCGGGGGAGGAAUUGGUGGCAUUGCGAAAAAUGCUUGCUUUGGAUAAUCUUCAAGUACCAAAUGAAGCUGGUAAUAUUACUGAUGAGAUGAGUCUUGUUUAGUAUGCCGACAAUGCCACUCGUCAAGCAUUGCUGCCCAGGAAUGCUCAAGGCUCGAAAAAGGGUAUGUUAUGUGCUUAUUAUGUAUGUAAUUUUAGUGAAAUUUUGUUUAAAAUACGUAAUGAUAGCUCAAGUUCAAUGGCACAAUCAAUGUUGUUAUCCAUGGGCUUGAAGUCCCGAUUAAAAAUUGUAAUUUAAGUAUAGAACUCCACUAACCCACCAAUCACUGCUUCAACCAACUCUUUCGAUAAGUUUUAGUGUUUUAUGCAUAAAAUCAAUAGUCUAUAUCAGUCACCUUUCAAAA